AUGAGCGGGGACUUGUCAUUGAGCGGCGCGCUGGGCGGUCUGCGUAUCGCCAACCCGGACGAAGAGCAGGAAGAAGCUGUGCUAUCACCCAUAACAUCCACAUCCACCCCGGCACAUCCCUCGAGUACACAACCGCCCCCUCCGUCCUCACACUCUUCUGAUACGAUCACGCAACUGCAACAGCCCGCUCUGCUGCCAGGUCUGUCACACGCCAGCCCGGAGGAGGAGAAUGGCUCCCUAGGAUUCAACCCCAACACCUACGCAAUACAGGAAGAUGUCCGACCGCCGAUAUCAUCACAACAAUACCGCCCUCCGAACAGCCCCAUCCCCGACGAUGGCUCGCAGACACGUCGAUUAGCCCACCGGCAGAGUCUACCCCUGAACUAUCAAGCCCAGCAGCAGAUGCAGUACCCCGUGCACUCUUCGAAUUACAACCAGCAGAUGCGGAACCCAGGUCCGCUGCAAACCUCAUUCACUCGUCCGACAAGCGGCAUGUAUCAGCUUCCAAACACCUCCUCGAGCUCACAAAGCUCAUACCGAUAUCGGGAUGAAUUGGGUUCUUCGCACAGUGGAAUGAGCGGGUUGGAGAGGCACGGCUCGACUUCUGCAAGAAACAUGCUGGGUGGACAGGUGCCUCAGAGGCAAAGUAGCAGAUCGUACCGGCAGGAACAGAACGGUGGGAAUGGUCCGCUACCGCCACGGAGAAAUUCCAGGCGGAUACGGGCGCCUACGAAUGGCUCGGCGGCUGGAUAUGACGCUGCCAAUGCGUAUGCAGGGUCGGCGCCGCUACCUUCAAAUGCCGAAGAAUGGCGGGAUAGAGGAGCUGCGGUUGGGGCGAGACAAGAGACGGACAGCAAUGGACAAGUUCAGACGCGCGUCGUAAAGAAGGGCGUGAAGGACUUCAACUUCGGCCGGACACUCGGCGAGGGAUCAUACUCUACAGUCUUGGCUGCUACGGACAGGCAGAAUCAAAAAGAGUACGCGAUAAAGGUCCUGGACAAGCGGCACAUCAUCAAGGAGAAGAAGGUGAAGUACGUGAACAUCGAAAGAGACACUCUGAACAGACUGACGGAGCACCCUGGGAUCGUUCGACUGUACUACACCUUCCAAGAUGAGCGGUCGCUGUACUUUGUGCUCGACUUGGCAUCGGGUGGUGAGCUUUUAGGAGUGCUGAAGAAGCUGGGAUCAUUUGACAUUGAAUGUACACAGUUCUAUGGUGCUCAGAUACUGGACAGUGUAGCAUACAUGCACUCGAGGGGAGUCAUUCACCGAGAUCUGAAGCCGGAGAAUGUGCUACUGGAUAGGAACAUGCACACCAAGAUUACUGAUUUUGGCACUGCAAAAAUUCUACCAGACCCGGCGGCGAGCGGCAGUGGGCUGGACGUCGUGCCUGGAAGUCCAACCGACGGAGCGGACAACGACCGAGCAAACUCUUUCGUUGGCACGGCAGAGUAUGUCAGCCCAGAGCUGCUCAAUCGAUCGAAUGCUUGCAAGGCUUCGGACCUGUGGGCAUUCGGAUGCAUCAUCUACCAGCUCAUUGCAGGACGACCACCGUUCAAGGCUGCCAAUGAGUACCUCACCUUCCAGAAGAUCCUAAGCCUUCAAUACACCUUUCCGGACGGCUUUCCACCGGCAGCACGGGAUCUCGUGGAAAGACUUCUCGUGCUGGAUCCCGCGCAUCGAUUACCGAUCGAACAUAUCAAGAAUCACGAGUUCUUUGACGGUAUACAGUGGGGCAAGAAUCUAUGGCGAAACCCUCCUCCUCACCUGAAGCCAUACAUCGCACCGACCUCGACGUCUACACCGAUCAAGCUGAAUGGUGCCGGCGACGCCGCGGGAGCUGCGGGCGCAGCACUGGCAAACGCCGCGCAACAGCAAGCAUCUCAAUCACAAGUGCAGGUACCCCAGCCACGACCGCAGUUGCGAGGUGUGACCGAUCUACCUCCACCCAGUCAGCUUGACAUUGACUGGUCGCCUGUUCUCACACACAAUAAUGAGCGCAUUCUCAAGCUUGGCAACCUCGUCAUUUGCUCAACACAUCAGGAAAAGAGUCCAACGGGCAAGAAUGGCGAUCCACCAACUCCAUCAGAGAAGCCCAGGUUUCGGUUGUUCGGCGGCAAUACCGCCGGCAAGAAGCGCGAGCGACUGGUGCUCAUCACUAGCAGUGCACGUGUCAUCAUUGCAGCCGCAGGCGGCAACGACAAGAAGGCCAAGAUGGACGUCAACUGCCUCAACACCGGCGCGCUCUGGACCCCUUUCACAGACGCCCGAGGCCUGACUGCGUUCCAGAUCGACACGCGCGAACGCCACAUCACCUUCGAAGACCCCCGCGCCACCACCGCCGACCCGGCGGGAAGCAAAUACAGCACGCAAGAAUGGCUCGACGCGCUGGACAACGCGAAGGAAAUCGCCAUCGCCACCUCCACGGCCGGCAGCGCCUCCUACGCAGGGGGUAAGAGCACGUACUCCUCCGUCUCCAGCCCUGCGGACUCGAUGGGUGCGGACGCCGCGAUGCCGAUGUCGGGUCCCAGCGCGGAGAGGCAUCAUAUGAUGCGGCAUACGCUGCGCAAGAGCCAUACUGAUGGCGGUGAUGGAGGAGAGAGUCUGAAGGGGAGGAAGCGGUUUAGCAAGCGGCAUAGUAAGAGUGGGCUUGCUGCUGUCUUCUAG